UGACACAACACUCCACGGCAAACAGUCACAAAACCCUCUCUCUUAACAAAGAAAUCAACCGUCACAAAAUCCUUUCUUCCAAUUUCAAGUUCCAACACCGUUCUUUUUGCUAAUUGACACAAAAGAAACCUAUUUGGAUUUUUCAUUAAUAAAUUUCUUUCAAAACCAUUGCGACCAUUCGAGUCCUUGGCAACCGUUCUUUUUAUGUACUUUUAAAAAUGUACAAUCCGAUCACUUAGAUUUUUUGCCCAAUCAUUAAGCUCCAUAGCCAUGGCAACCAUCAAUCCCAACAUGUUCGAUAAAUUGUCUGACUCUCUCCUCUUCAUCAUCCUCACCUUCUUGCCCUUCAAAGAAGCCGCAAGAACUUCCAUAUUAUCCAAGCGUUGGCGUCACAUUUGGCGUGCAACUUCAAACAUGGAGUUCAACGAGCGCUUCUUUGUCAAACCCGAUGAUUUUGGGAGCAACAGAGAGAUUCAGAGAAGGGUUUUCAUCGAUUUCGCAAAACAAUGGAUGGAAAGCUAUCAAGAACCGGUGGUCAAAAAUUUCUCCUUAACAUUUGCUAGGCCCUUGGAUGAGCCCAUGGUUCUCGAUAGUUGCGUCAGAUUUGCAUUGGCACACAAUGUUAAAGAACUUGGGCUUGAUUUCUCUGAUCCACAAUGGGAGAAACAUAACUUAGAUUGCUAUACUGGAAGGUCUUAUGAUUUGCCUCUGAUCGGCAAUGUUUAUGAGCACAGGGUUCUUGAAUCUCUGAAGCUGUUUUCGUGCAAUUUUAAUUUAUCUGGGCUGUGUAAUUUACAUUCGUUAAGACAUCUUUCAUUGGGAUGGAUUGGGCUAAAUGCAUCUAAUGUUAAGGAUUUGCUGGUCAAUUGUAAGUUGUUGGAGAGUUUGAGCCUUGUAAGUUGUCAUGGAUUGGAUUAUCUUCAAAUUGAAGGGCAAAGUUUGCAACUUAAAAGUUUGGUCAUAGACAGUUGUGAAAUUACUAGUAAGUGGUUGUUAAUUGAAGCGCCAAAGUUAAGGUGUUUGAAAUUUGUGGGGUGGAUUGGAAUUUUUGAGAUUCUGGUGAAGAAUUGCAUGGAAGAGGCAUAUCUUGAUUUUGGGUAUGAAUAUGAAUUUGGUGAACUUGGUGAAAUCCUUUAUAAGCUUCUAGAUGAUCUUUACCCUGUUAAGGUGUUGACUGUUUGCAGCUACAUGCUUCAGGUCAUCCCAUGUGGAGUGGAACCUUUGAGUAUUAGCCCUCCCCUGAAUGUUAAACACUUAACAUUGAGGACUGCAUUGCAUGACAAUGAAUUUUAUGGCAUCAAAUUUAUGCUCAAGAGUUGUCCCUCGUUGGAGACACUCACAAUCGAAAUUGACAACCGUCACAGAAUCUUUCCUGACUAUGUUGCUCCAUUUAAAGAAUCUUGGGAAAAAUCACCACUAAUUGUUUACAAAUGUAUGUGCAAAAGUUUAAAGUGGGUUGAGAUAAAGGGUUUCAAGGGUACUUAUAAUGAAGCUUAUCUGCUGAGAUAUGUGAUCUGUUUCGGCCUUGUGAUGGAAAAGCUGAAUAUUUAUAUCUCAAAGGAAGUGGAUGCCAGUGGAACAGGAAGCCCAGGAAGCCAACAAGUAUAUCUACGAAGAGCUCAGCAGAUAUCCGAGUUUAAAAAGACAUCACCAAGGUUGCAAAUAGCCAUCUUUGAUUAAGAAAAGAAGGGAACAAAACACUGGGAAAACACAUUGGGAUAUUUUAGAUAUAUAGGACUUGUUUGUUAUAUUAAAUUGAAUUAGAUUAGACUAUUAUAAGUUUAGACCAAUUAAAUUACAAUUCAAUUCAUUCUCAUUCAUCACAUUAGGCCUGUAUAAGAAUGCUAUGUGGUUUUUUAUUUUCUGUUCAUUUAUUACAUUGAAAACAAGCUUAA